CCUCUAACUUCCCCACCCCUAUCAUGCAUGACCCCAGGAUUCUAGACUCUUUCCUACUCCUUUCUCCAAAACAGACACACACACCCCUAGUGGGUCCAGAUCACCCUUAUAAAACAAUGUAAGGAGAGAGAUAAGGGGCAUAGAAAGAGGUGUAGAUAACAGAGAAGGAGGCAGAAACAGGAGGAGACAUAAGACAGAACAACGAGAACAAGAAACAGAGAGGACAGGCAACCAGACUGAAGCCCUUUAGAGCCGGCACCUGCCCCAAGGAGCUCUGAACAGAAGGAUCUUUGCUGGUUCUUGAAAAGCACUGCAGAACAGCUCUGAUGAGCAUGAGAUGGGGCCAGCUUCUUCCCUGAAACCCCUCUGCCCCACCCCUUGCUGAGCUGAUCAGAAAUCCAUUCAGGUCUGUUGGUCCAGGCAGGAUCCUCCAGGGGCCACAUUUGUGCUCCUGUCUCCCCUUCCCGCCUGGAGCCAGGAGCCAGACUCUGGCCUGGAUACCUCUGGAGGUUCGAAGUCGGUCAAGAUGGGAUUGACAGGUCCAGGACUCUGUUUCCAACAGAUAGGAGGAAGCUCAAGCCUGCAGCAGUAGAAGGGAAGCUGAGGUCUCAGUUUCCCAGGACUGUUGAAGACACACCCCUUACUGACCCACUUUGUCUUUUUCCCCCGCUCAGAGCCCCCAGCCCAGAGGAGCUGGUCCUGUGGCUGCAAUGCAAAUCAGAGGCUGGCCCAAGUCCCGCUGGGCUGGGCCGGGCUGGGCUGGGCAGAGGCAGAAAGCUGCUGGGCGGGUCUCAGGGGAGACGGGAAUGGAAAAGGAAAAGCAUCUGUGAGGAGGGCGGGGAGGGAGGGCGGGAGGCUGUGUGGCGCGCGCGCCCGCGCACACACACGCGCGCGCGCGCACACACACGCACAUACACACAGAACCUCCCCGACUUAGUCUAAGCUUUGCUCAGGAGAGGAGCAUCUUCUGUCUGCUCCUGGAGCUCUUUUCUGUUGCUUCCCCACGCAUCUGUGCUGUCAGCAGCUCCAGAGAAGUUGGCUUCAAACUUGACCUGAGCUGACAACUCUGAGCUUCCGGAACUCUGCAGGGACAGCAGGCCUCUGAACUCAGGUGGCCUGGAGAAGCUCACCCGCCCAGCCCCGGACUGGCCCUCGCUCCCCUGGCUGACACGCCCAACCCCGAUCCAUAGGCCUGUAGUCUGGGCUGAGGAAUGGGGCACUGAGGUCCCUCUGGAGCUCUCGUCUCAGCCCAGAGCGGGAGCAGCCCGAGGCCCACGCCGACAUGGCUAACUCCGUGCAAUCGCAGUUUCCCCCGCCACAGGAUCCAGGCACUGCCUCUCCCUCGGACCUGCCCGAGAUGGAGAAACUCCUAAUCAAGGUGGAAGGCAAGGAUGACAACCCCCUGAAGCUGUCCAAGUCCCUCUCUGGGGCUCUGGACCUGGAGCAGAAUGGCCACAGCCAUGGCCCGCCCUUCAAGGUGGUGUCAGAGGCGCACCGGGAGGCCCCACUCUCUGUGUCACCCUCUCGGGACAGCUCAAGACGGGCAUCUUCCAUUGCCACCACAUCCUGUGCUCAGGACCAAGAAGUCCCCCGAGAUUACCUCAUCCUUGCCAUCGCCUCCUGCUUCUGCCCUGUCUGGCCCCUCAACCUCAUCCCCCUCAUCUUUUCUAUCAUGUCUCGAAGUAGCGUGCAGCAGGGAGACCUGGACGGGGCCCGAAGGCUGGGCCGCCUGGCCCGGCUGCUCAGCAUCACCUUCAUCAUCAUGGGGAUCAUCAUCAUCAUUGUGGCUGUGACCGUGAACUUCACAGGUGAGGCCGAGCCACAUGGAUCCGAGGGAGCCGGCCUGCUUGUUCAGAAGAUAUAAAAUGAGCCAGGCGCUGUGCUAGCAGAGGCAGGCCCGGCUGACUGGAGAGCUUCGAAGUCACAUACCCCACACGCCCCGAGACGACGGAACGGUGACCACCAAGUGCCCACUUGUCCCCAAGCUCCAGAAGCACAAAUCAGAGGGAAACCCCUAAGUAGCCCCACAGCAGAUGAGAAUAGCGAGAGGACGAAGGAACGAAGGGAAGAGAUGUGAAACCAAUGAAGACUGUGGUUUAAUCUCGUGGACAUGGCCCAGCAUUUUGAUCCCAGGGUCUGGCUUGUUCCUCAUCCCCACAAUUUCCUGGGAUCUACCAAAACAGCAUAUACUGCCAGAAUGCGGAGAACCAGCCUCGCAGUUGAGAUGAACACUGGUGGGGGGAGAAGCAGCCCACUGCCUGUGUGUCUGAUGACCAGGACACAUGUGGAUUUUUGUAUUUUUCUUGACAGGGGACAAAAAGAACUUACUUGCAUGCUUUGUGCCACAUGCCUGCUGCGACCCCAGUGCCCUGAGCUUGAAGGCCACACUGCUGCUCAGCAUGUGCCCUGGAAUCUCCUGGGUGCCCCAGAUGUGCAGCUGCCCGGGAGAGAGGUGACACAGCCACUUCCUUCACAGGGUGGACACACCAAGAGGUGAAGACAGGAACAGAGGCGCAUGGCCCACAGACCUCUUCACUGUUGUGUUUUGGCAGCAUCUCUGCUGAGAACUCUGGCCCCAGCACACCCUCCAGGAGGACCCAGCCUGCCUCUCACUGCCAGCCUCCCUGUGCUGUAGCCUGGGGCACCGGCCCGUAGUCCUGCCCAGCCAGUGAGAGGGGGCCUUGGCCUCAGCUCUCCUCCUGCCAUGGGUUCCCCAGGGUGUGCGGUAUAAGCCUGGGGCCCCAUGCAGAUGGCUCUGGCAGGGCCCAGGCUGUGGCUCCCAGCGAUGCUUGGUGCCUCACCCUGGGCCCCCUGGCCACCCACGAGCAGCAAAGGCUCUCCCUGGAAGAAGUUUUGGGGUGACCACUGGGAGAACUUUCCGUGGGCUCCCGGGCUGUCAGCAGUGUUGUAGCACUGGCAGGGGAGUGGGCUGCAGAGCUUUUAGGAAGGUUGGUUGUUUAUUGGGUCUAGAGAGUUCCGAGCAGAAGGAAGAAUUUGGCUGAAGUGUUCGGUGUUCAGGAGAGGGACGGGUCCCAGGGGCACCGGGUGGGUCCCUCUAGGGCAGGCACAUGCCUGCGUCAGUCCCCCACCUGGGAAUAACCCUAACCUCUCCCAACCCUAAAGGAGGGGCCUUGGCUGGGUUUCCUUUAUGGGCCCUUUGAGGUCAAAAUAGAAAUGCCCUGGUUUGCCGGUGUGUGGGGAAGAGCCCAGAACACUUGUGUCACCUGUGAGGUCAGGUCAGGCCAGGGGAGUCAUGAGCUCUAUGGAACUGGUCAUUCACAGGCCCUGGCUCUGGCAAGAAGAGUCGUGACCUGGUCAGUGACCCGGCAGGCCCAGGGGACCACGGCUUCAGCGCCCCAAGGAGAAGUAAGCAACUAAGCAGACAGUACACAAAUGGUCUCAUGGGGGACAUGACGGCCGAGGGAGGCUCUAUCUGCGGCCUCCGUGUGCACAGGAUGCCACACACAGCUGCCCUGGCCCCGGCAGCCACAUCCACACAGACACCGCUGUGCGCUCCCACACGUACACACAUUUGUUCACACUUAAACCAAGUUCAGUCAAGAGAAAUGCCACCAGCAGAGGCCACAGGAACAGGCAUGGCUGGAACAGCCUUCCAUCCAGGUGACAAGGACUUCAGAGUUUUCUAGUCAUAACAAGGAUGAACUCAGACGCCUCCGAGGCUCCGAGGCUCCAAAAGGAGCAGAGCACCAAGAGACUGACCUCUGACAGAGAGGAGCACAGGGCCUGAGGACCUGAAACCCUUUGGAGACCGGACUGGGCGAGAGGGCCCGCACCCGUGCCUCGCUGCAGCUGGCAGUGGCCCUGCCUCCCAGCUCUGUGGUGGGGCCAGCUGCUGGCUGCAGGACUGUGGCAGGCCCCAGCUCAUCUCAGGGUGCCUCCCCAGCCUCUCCAUCUGUUUCCGAGCAGCAAGAACUACCCCUCCCCACUGCCUGCACCACUCACAGUUCACUUCUCUGUAUUUCUCAGCAUGGAAAGAAAUAAAGGUGAACGCAUA